AUAAGCAAUUUUUUCAAUAAAAAAUGCCGUCGCGCUGUCAAAUCUUCUCUACUUAACGCACAAUUAUUCGAUUAUUGUCCAGGUCAAGACCUGCCUAUCCCAAGGCAAUUAAUUUUAUUUUUCGCGGUGUCUUAUAACAUAUUUCGGUGCGAUUAAACUUUUUCGUGUAAACAUUAUAGUUGUUAUCUUAGAAUUGCGGUGAAUAUUACUUGAAGAUGAAAAGUAAAACAAUUCUAUCUUGUAUUUAAACUAAAGGUCGAGUAGAUGUUUACAUUUUGCUGCCCCUGAAAUUAUUAUUUAUCUAUAAUGGCUUGUAUAACAACUUGUUUAAUGGGUCUCAGAGAUGUAAUUUUAAUUGUAAUGUUCGAGCCAGAUAAGCUCUCUGGCUCCUUAUCUAUAGUAAAGUAAUUCGAAAAAGACUUCAUUUUUUUCGAAAAUACGCUCGAAAUUAUAGUCACGUGGGAUAACUAUACUUCGCGGUGUAAUAGGUCACCUUACUUUGUCAGCCCAAUGUCAUUAUUAUUGACGUGUGGACACAUUUAUUUAACAGUGAUUGUGGUAUCUUUGAUAACAGAAGUACAGCUUAAUUGUAUCGGUGCCCACUGCGCUUUAGUCACUCCUGUGAAUCCAUCUGGGAACGCAGCUUCACAAUUGCAAUCUUUUGAAACAUGAAUGAGUACCAAGCACUGACACCAGAGAUUCAAGUACCGAAGGAAUGGCCGGUGAAUGGUAUAAAAAACAUAGUAGAAUUCGUGGUCCAGGAUGCAAUUAAUUGUUAUCGAUCGGGAAAGAAGUUAAUCAUGACUGUAGGAAACGUCUCGGCUAUGAUUAAGGACAACGGGACUAAGCCGGGAUAUGUUUUCAAAAAAUUAAAAGAAAUAAAAGACGAAGACACUUACAAAAUUGAUUUAAUAAUUCCGGUGAGAGUUACGAUAUUAAAGCAUACUAAUAUCGGUCCUAAUGACAAAAAAGAUGAGGCGGUAGAAUAUCUGCCCAUGAAUCUUAAAUUUGAUCAUCCAAUUGCAAAAUUGGUUUCUACAAACCCUGAUCGUCACACAGUUAUGACAAUCGUUCCAGACGUUAACAAGUUUUUACUACUAAAAGGCAUCAAAGGCUCGGAAAAGUACAAUUAUGCUAUAUGUACAACGUAUAGAGUUCACAACAUCAAGUGGCUCGAUGAUAUUAUGACUAACGUUGAAUCGGGCGAGUCUACGACAGAAACUUCCAUAGUUAAUGCACAGCAGAUUUCAAAAAAUAAAUGGGACAUUAUGUGUUAUCACUGCCCGCCGCAACCUCAGCGAUUCUGGUAUAGCUUGGAGGUAGCAUUGCCUUGGAUUAUUACUUCAGGAAUUUUUUUUAUGUUUACUACUUUGAUUUAUGUUUGGAUCUCCAUUAUUCAGAAAAUUUCAUUGAUCUACAAUAUUGAUAGAUCAUUUAGAUCUUAAUUAUUAAAUAAUUAGUUUAUACUGAUUUUAUAUAUUAGA